AGGGCUUUAGGCUUUUUUUUUUUUCGUCCCCGCCCACCCCCUCCUUCCAGUCGCACCUGAUGGUGACAGGCGGUAGUCCCCGCUUCCCUUUGGCGGGCGGGAGAGUUAGCCACCCAAGAGAACACCAUGAAAGAUACUGACAUCAAGAGACUACUAUAUACCCAUCUUUUGUGCAUAUUUUCAAUUUUUCUAAGCACUUUCAUUCCAUCAUUCUUCUUGGAUAACUUCUCAAUAUUGGAAACACACUUGACGUGGCUGGGCAUCUGCUCUGUUUUUGUAACUGCUGUCAAUCUCAUGUUGUAUUUAGUAGUGAAACCAAAUGUAUCCUCUAAAAGAAGUUCAUUAUCGCAUAAGGUGACGAGAGUUUUGAAAUGCUGCAUCUACUUUCUUAUGUCUUGUUUCCUCCUUCAUGUGGUUUUUGUUCUCUAUGGAGCACCCCUGACAGAGUUGGUGUUGGAAACAUUUUUAUUUGCGGUUAUUUUGUCUACUUACACUACAGUACCUUGUUUAUGUUUGUUAGGACCAAACCUCAGAGCAUGGCUAAGAGUUUUCAGUCGAAAUGGAGUUACAUCCAUUUGGGAGAACAGUCUUCAAAUCACUACAAUUUCUAGUUUUGUAGGCGCAUGGCUUGGAGCAUUUCCUAUCCCACUGGAUUGGGAAAGACCAUGGCAGGUGUGGCCCAUCUCCUGUACCCUCGGAGCCACCUUCGGCUACGUGGCCGGCCUGGUCAUUUCACCCCUCUGGAUAUACCGGAAUAGAAAGCAACUUACAUACAAGAACAAUUAAGAGGAGCAAAAAGGAGGCGCUAUUUCUUUGUGCGGAUUCCAUAGGGCUGUGCAGAGACGUGUGUGUGGUCCAAGCCAAGCAUUCCAGUUCAGCACUGGUUUUUAAAGUUGUUUCAACAUAAUGUGAUUGUAGCUUCUAAAGCUAUGAAGCCCCUGAGAGAUUGUACCUUCUAGUUGAAAUAAAGUAUUUAUAGUAGA